AUGCCGCCACCACGACUGAGCACCCUCCUUCCCCUCCUAGCCUUAAUAGCCCCCACCGCCCUGGGGCACUCCCACCUCGGGUACAUCAUCAUCAACGGCGAGGUAUACCAAGGAUUCGACCCGCGGCCGGAGCAGGCGAACUCGCCGUUGCGCGUGGGCUGGUCGACGGGGGCAAUCGACGACGGGUUCGUGGCGCCGGCCAACUACUCGUCGCCCGACAUCAUCUGCCACAUCGAGGGGGCCAGCCCGCCGGCGCACGCGCCCGUCCGGGCGGGCGACCGGGUGCACGUGCAAUGGAACGGCUGGCCGCUCGGACACGUGGGGCCGGUGCUGUCGUACCUGGCGCCCUGCGGCGGGCUGGAGGGGUCCGAGAGCGGGUGCGCCGGGGUGGACAAGCGGCAGCUGCGGUGGACCAAGGUGGACGACUCGCUGCCGGCGAUGGAGCUGGUCGGGGCCGCGGGGGGCGCGGGGGGCGAGGACGACGGCAGCGGCAGCGACGGCAGCGGCAGCGGCGGCAGCGGACGCGUCGGCGUGCCCGGGCAGCGCUGGGCCACCGACGUGUUGAUCGCGGCCAACAACAGCUGGCAGGUCGAGAUCCCGCGCGGGCUGCGGGACGGGCCGUACGUGCUGCGCCACGAGAUCGUCGCGCUGCACUACGCGGCCGAGCCCGGCGGCGCGCAGAACUACCCGCUCUGCGUCAACCUGUGGGUCGAGGGCGGCGACGGCAGCAUGGAGCUGGACCACUUCGACGCCACCCAGUUCUACCGGCCCGACGACCCGGGCAUCCUGCUCAACGUGACGGCCGGCCUGCGCUCAUACGCCGUGCCGGGCCCGACGCUGGCCGCGGGGGCGACGCCGGUGCCGUACGCGCAGCAGAACAUCAGCUCGGCGAGGGCGGAUGGAACCCCCGUGAUUGUCACCAGGAGCACGGAGACGGUGCCCUUCACCGCGGCACCCACGCCAGCCGAGACGGCAGAAGCCAAAGGGGGGAGGUACGGAAGGAACUUUCGCGGGUAG